GGCGUGGGCGGGACUGCCCCGGGGUCGCCUUCGGGCUUCGGGGCGGGGGGAGUCGUCGCCUCGGACCCCGGGGCUCCGCCUUCCUUCAGGAAGCCCGGGGCUGAGCCCCAGAACCGCCCGGCUCCCGCCCGGAGUUCCGGAGGCGGUGGAAGGGCCGACGUGGCGGGUGUCUCGUGGUUCUGGGCGCUGGGCCGGGUGAGAAGAGCCAGCCGUCCCUUCCCGGGUCGCGGAAAUGCAGCCUCAGAGUGAUUCCAUAUUCCAGGCAGUUCAAAGAAUUCUCAACCAUAAGCUGAGCUUAGUUCCAGACUUGGAAUGGCCAAAUAUCAAGGUGAAGUUCAAAGUUUGAAAUUGGAUGAUGAUUCAGUCAUAGAAGGAGUAAGUGACCAAGUACUUGUGGCAGUUGUGGUCAGUUUCGCUUUGAUUGCUACCCUGGUAUAUGCACUUUUCAGAAAUGCACAUCAGAACAUUCACCCAGAAAACCAAGAGUUAGUAAGGGUACUUCGGGAGCAACUUCAAACAGAACAGGAUGCCCCUGCUGCUGCUCGACAGCAGUUCUACACUGACAUGUACUGUCCAAUCUGUUUACACCAGGCCUCCUUCCCUGUGGAAACAAACUGUGGACAUCUUUUCUGUGGUACCUGCAUUAUUGCAUACUGGCGAUAUGGUUCAUGGCUUGGGGCAAUCAGUUGUCCAAUCUGUCGACAAACGGUGACUUUACUGCUAACAGUAUUUGGUGAAAAUGACCAAUCUCAGGAGGUUGUAUCAUUGCGUCAAGAUAUUAAUGAUUAUAACCGCAGAUUCUCAGGGCAGCCCAGAUCUAUUAUGGAAAGAAUUAUGGAUCUACCCACUUUACUGAGGCAUGCAUUCAGGGAAAUGUUUUCAGUCGGGGGCCUUUUCUGGAUGUUCCGCAUCAGGAUUAUACUUUGUUUAAUGGGAGCUUUUUUCUAUCUUAUUUCACCUCUAGAUUUUGUACCUGAAGCCUUGUUUGGAAUUCUAGGCUUUCUAGAUGAUUUCUUUGUCAUCUUUCUAUUGCUCAUCUAUAUCUCUAUUAUGUAUCGAGAAGUGAUAACACAGAGACUAAACAGGUGAAAAAAUGUGAGUUUACUAAUAUUUCAGCUAGUGUGUGAAAUCAGACAGAAGGGCCGAUGGCAGUAUACAGCAUUUGACUAUUAUUGUACAAGCUUAAAACCACUGUAUGACAAACAUUUGAUUUCAUUUGGCAAAUGCCUAGCAAGAUAUGACUGGAAUUUUUACAUUACAGGUUCUAAUAUUAAGGUUAGAAUUAUAAUAAUUUACGAUUACAUCUUGAUUCUGUGUUGUCUAUAAAGUCUCUGGAAAAACUAUAGAAUUAUAUAAAAAGGGAUGAUUUUAUGUUUUUCUUUUCCCAAAAAUUAGAUUAAUUGGAUGUAUAGUAAGAUAUUGUUUUAUUGUUUAUCCAAUUUAUCCUUCUCAGUGUGUACCUAUAUGAUAAUAUAUUGCUAUGAAAUGCAUCUAAUUAUUUUUGUUACAAUAAAAUGUUGUACAGUAUUGGGGGAAA